CUCAUUCAGAACUCAUUGUAAAUGUACACACUAAAUCAUUACAGUUUGUUUAAAUAGUGCGUGUGCAUCAACAAUAAUAUCUAAAUGUUGUUUUCACGAAACCGCGUACUUUGAAUCUCUAGAUUAUAAUAUAAGUUCUAUUACAUCACGUUUUAACGUCUUCAAACAGGUAUUUAAUCCAAUAAUCAUGGUCCGUUCUCGUUUUCUGUUAUUGCACUGCGAUUGUUAUUCCGUACCGCUUUUACUGCAGCAAAACAAACACUUCGCGUACACAGAAACGUGCCGUUCGAUUCGCGUCCGUCUACGGAGCAAUAGCAUCGAGUCCAGCGAAUUAGCGAUCAAUAAACAUGGAUCGUUUUGUCCGUUUUAUCGAUGACGACGCGGUGUUUCAACGUCGUGUGCGUUUUAAUGUAACGAGUUCGCACGUGUGGUGUCUGGACGAUGCGGACGUUAUCUGUUGUAAAGGAAGAAAAAAAAUAAACGUGAAAACAAACGACCGAAACGCGUGUUGAACGCACGGCGUGGUGUAUACAUUUCGGUUUAUCAGCCACCACCGGGCUUAUCUAAAAGUCAAUGUCCAAACACCGUUGCCUAGCCCACUCCCGCUCCACAACGUAAAUCGGCUCGGCCUCAUGAACAAACCGCGAUAUCGUAACGAUUGUCCGACAAAAGCGAUCGUAACAAAGUUAGCGCUUCGUUCGCUCUCCACGCCGAUCGUAUUCACGAGCAUCUGUUCCGCGGUCGUUGACGUUCGCGUUCCGAUCGUGAAAUCGAAAACGUCCCGAUCGCAUAACUUUUGUCGUCCGGAGCGUUCGCAGGGCACGGCCGUCAAAACUACCGCGUCGUCAUGGACCCGUCGCUGCGACUGAUUACAUACCUGGUGCCCAGCUUGCCCGUCGAGAUGUUCGAGUGCGUCGCGCAUUACCUGGAAGAGGCGCUGGACGUUAGGGCCACGCUGCAGUACGAGUCCAGAAACCCCGUCGACCUGUUCGACGCCCGCCCGGAUCCGUUUCUCCUCAACGAGGCCGAUUUAGGUUUUAUGAAUCCGAUGCAGUACUUGAAGAUGAAAAAGUUGCCGGUCAAACAGUUCGAACUGAUGCCGAUAUCGCCGGUGUUUGUGCAUCCAAAGAACGCGGCCGAAAGACCGGGAUACUAUUCCGACAUAAUCAUGCAUAAGGACGUCGAGAAAACCGUCAAGUCGUUUUUGGACCUGAGAGGCAGCAGCUGGGGAUACACCGGAAACAACUCGCUCAGCAGCAGCCUGACGAUACAGAAGUUACUGAGGUCUUUGGGCGAAAACUCGUCGUUUUUCGGCAACACAAUAGACACCGGGAAUCAUUUGCUGUCCGUGAGAAAGGUGCAGGACAAGCAGGUUACCGCCGCGGCCGUGGACUCGACGGCAUUUUACAAUUACAAAAACGUUUUGCACAGGGACGUGGAUGACAUUUGCGUGUUGGACAGCGUCGGACCAUUGCCGCCGUAUGCGAUCGUCUGUAACAAGAAGCUAUCCGGUGAGCUCAAGUCGAGAAUUGUCGAGGCCUUGUCGGACGCCACGUCGAAACGCAAAUGGGGAAAGCGUUUCGAGAAAUUCGGUCUGAUCGGGUUCGCGGACAACUCAGACGACGCGUACCUGGAAUACAACCAAUCUAGCAGCCAAAAAGGAUUGUCCGCCAUUUAUUAUUAAACGCGAAGCCGUUAUUUUAUCCUCUCCAUCUAGAGUCCAUUUUAACAAUACAUAAUUUAACACGAGUUGUAUAAUA